CCCACCGUAUUUGGCUCAUUUACGUUUGGGAUAGCGUGGCCGUCUACGAAAUUGUGUUAUAAUGGUGUAAAUCCUUGCGGUCUGAAUAGGUGGCUGAGAGCAGUCCGAAUAGGGCCAGUUCCUGAUGUUACCGAUUACUAAAAUUACCUUAGCUGUAGGAUCCCGGAGCCUGGGAACGACGUCAUAGUAACCUCACCUUCGCCUCCACUGAGAUGCGGACUCGCUGCGUACAUUGCCAGUAACCAGGUUCAAACUCGUUCGAGCUUUAUUACCUAGAGGUACCUACCUACCUUACGUAUUCCACUCUUACCAACCAAACAUGUCGUACUCCGACGUCCAUAGCAUCUGCGACCUUCCUCCUGAGCUGCUUCUCCAAGUGGCUCAACACCUAUCAUUCAAAGACCACGCUCGAUGGCUCCUGGCAGAUCGACGACAUAGGGCCUGUCUCUCCCCUAUCCUGUAUCUCAGGCUGCUGCCAUUAAGAACAGACGCCUCAGGCUCGGGUGGGGAUGCUAGUCAAAUUACCCGAAAAGACGUGGUGCAGUGGGCAGUAGAGCAUGGGCGAGUCUGUACCCUGAAGAAUGUCGACGAGUUUGAGGACAUGGCAUCAUUCUUCGGCACUGCUCUGACAUCAAGUGUGGCCGGCCUCGAGUUGACACCCAUCCACCAAGCUGCCCUUUGCGGGCAGGCCUCUGUCAUCGACUAUUUGCUGCAGAAGGGGGCGGACGUCAACGCCAGCACCACAAAUGGCCUCCUUCCCAUGCACUUGGCCAAGACAGGUGAGGUGGUGCACCUUCUUGCUGACCACGGCGGCCGGCUCUAUUCUGAUGCCACUCCAUCCGGUGUGUCGGCUCUGACAAGCAGCAUCUCCCACCAGUGCGAGCCCAGCGCUGUCACCGCGUUUGUCCAGCUCGGGGCGGAUCCAAACCAUGUCGCCCAGGACGGCACAACGGCUGCCGAAGUCGCCAUUGUACAAGGCAGCGUCGAUGCUCUUGGCAUCCUUCUCGAUUCCGGCGUCGAUGCGAACAAAGCUCUUCCAAGUGGAGGUUCCCUGCUAUACAAAGCCAUAUGGCUUGGGGCGAGAGAUCACGGUGCCGAAAUGGCCAAAACCAUGGCCACCAUGCUCCUUGAUCGAGGAGCAUCUCCCAACAGCGGCCUCGAUUCGGCCUUGGACGCCUUUUACAACAGCGAACCAUGCCAUACACCAAGUUUGUUCCUGGCCGUGAUGAUACCAUUUUCAGCUGACUUAGUUCAGCUGCUUCUAGAGAGAGGCGCAGAUCAGUACAUGCCAUAUACUCGGUACAGAGACCCCUUCUACACGGCCGAGAGGCCAAUCCGUGGAUUCGAACAGGCCUAUGCCAAAUCGCUUGUCGCCAACCUGGUCGCUGCAAUGAUCGAUUCCGCGCCUCACCCUCCAGACCCCGAUGGUAUCCGGAAACUAAAGCUGUUGAUACAAUACGGCGGUAACAUCGACACGAAAAUCCAGGACCAUACGCUGCUGCAGUACAGUCUGCGUCAGGAUGGCCCACGGGCCCAGAGGGCCUUGGACAUAAUCCAACCCCUCAUCACACUCGGCGCUGAUGUCACCCUUGUCGACUCGGAGGGCAACAGCACUCUCCACCUCCUGUGCGGGUCCUUCUUCCACCAAGUCCAACGGAAUUGGGAGUAUUCUCGUAGUAUAUGGUAUACUAAGCUGCUCCGGCCGUCACCCCUCUCCUCGCUUAUAGACGUGCUCAUGGAGCGGGGCGCCGACCCUAACGCAAAGGAUGCCCAGGGAAGGACUCCCUUGAUGAUUCUAUGCAGGCAUGCGCAUACCGUCCCGACUGCGUUGCUGAUCAACGUUCUCAUACGACAUCGGAGCGUCGAUGUCAAGUCCGUCGACAAGCGAGGCUGGAACGCGCUGCACUACGCUACAGGCGAACCGGCGGACCCGUUCCACCACGAACCCUGCUUCCGCCUGCAGGUGCUGUUGAGCCGCGGCAACGAGGGGGCGGCCCUCGGUGUGAAUGAUGUGAAUGCUUACAGCGAUGCUGGGCGCACACCACUUCACCUGCUGCUCGAAGCGCGAGAUAGCUCAUCGGGUGGCCGUAACGAUGAGAUGCAACGGCGGAUGAUGACCAAGACAAGGGCUCUGGCAAUGCUCAUACGGGCCGGCGCCGAUGUGCGAGCGCGAACCCGCCGGUCAUCAGGAGCUACCACUUCGUCGGUCGCCGGGACUGGAGGAGGAGAUACGCCUCUGCACCUGGCAUUGCAGGGCCACGAACUUGAAACACUGCUUACUACCCGACUCCUGCUCCGCCACGGCGCAACUGCCGAUAUCAAUCACGUGUCGCCGGGCCUAGGGCUGACGCCGCUGAUGAUGGUGGUGGCGGCAGCAGGUCGGGGUGAGUUGUCCCGAAAUAUAACCGAGGACAUGAGUCGCUUGCUGUUGACGGCCGGAGCGGAUGCUCAGAUGCGCGACACCAGAGGCCGUACUGCUUGGGACAUAUAUGUGGAGCUUAAAGGCUUGCCCCCGUCCAUCUCGCCGUGGACUUUGUGUUUAGAAGGAGUGGUGCCUGGGGAUCUGGGCACUGACAAUAGCCCUGGUCCAGAGGAUAGACGGACUCUGAGUUCGUUGGUCAUAUAGGUACCUGUUAGCUACCUUAGCAAGGCUGCCCAUAUUCAGGGUGCGAUUUAAAAUCGUUGGAGGGGAUGAAUCUCGUUUGUACAGUUAGAUCUAUCAUGUAUCUUGUCGGAAACGUACAGGUACCUAUCCACUAUCUAAUACAUGUGGUCCAGAACCUCACUUACCGAUCUGGCCCUCUUUGAAGUCACUUUGGCAUACGUUAAGCUUUCAAUUUCGCGAAAAUUCCUCCACAGUCUUAAGUUACCAGUUUCUUUCAUGUUGAAACUUCCUGGGAUUUUCUGUAAAUCCUUAAUUCUUGCCUAAACAUGUAACCCGUAUUGAGACAUUUUUUCCUCUCAGCCAUAUCAUUUCGUGCCCUUCUUGCCAAAUUUACA